UAGUGUGAUUUCUUUGUUACAGAAAAGCCCUCUUCAGUAUACGAAACGAUGGACGAGAAAAAACAUACCCGAGUGGGUGGCACGAAAGUUUCACAAAUCGCGAACAUCUUCCAAGGCGGUAAGAUAGCGAGUAAGGAGGACAUUCUAUUUCCGCUUAGGAGUAAAUCCAAGGGCGACGAACAUGGCGUCUCUGACAAAAAAGACAUGGACGCGCCAACGGUGACUGUGAUUCGAACGGAAUCACACGUGACACGGUUUAAUAACGCUCGCGCUCUAUUCGAAAAGCUCGGGGAAGAGAAUAAAUGCAACAACAAAGAACGAGUAUUUCCGUUGCAGUCGACGAAAAGUGCAAGCAGCAUAUUGGACUCGAGGUCUCGAAGUAGUUCCGCGAACAGCGAAACCCGCGGAAGCGACUAUAAGUCUCGGUCGCCGUCUCCAAAAAGUUUCGACACCAAUUUGAACAGUUUCAGUAGCAGCGUGCCGGUAUUGAACGACGCGAAUCUAAACGAGACUAAAACGAACGGCCAUGCGAUCAACGGUGGCUUCGAACGAACCAAAAACGUCGACGAUAUCGACAGGACUAAACCGAAAAAGCCUGAAAAACCGGAACGAAAGUUUAACAGUCGCGAACUGAUCGAAAAACAACGGAACUGGACUUCGCAUUUCACGAAAACCCGUGCCGCAAGUCGAUACGGUAGUGACGCGAAUCGGGUAAGUGCUAAUAAUGGUCAAUCGGCUGCCGCAACUCGAAGCGCGUCGUUUAAUAAUCGAUCUCGCGAAUCUUCGAUAACGAACACGUCACCUCCCUCUUCCGAUAACGCGGAAGUGAACCGGAGGUCGAAUUUCGUGCGCAAAAACCGACCCGCUUCAGUCAUACCAACCACCAGUCCAAUCGCCAAUGAAAUUCCUAACACCAAUAGCAAAGAACCCGUCACUCCGCCGCCGAAAGACUAUCCUAAAGCACCCACAGUUGGUCCCGGAAACGUAAACGAAUCGAAAGGUCCUACUUCUAAUAAAUACAUAAAGUCAGACCUCAGUAGUAGACGCGGUUUCGUGCCGAAAACGUUGUACAAUAAGUCAGACGAUGUUUCGAAUGAUAGUGGCGGUAGUGUCGAUGAGUUACGACGCGAUUCCCCGAUCAAAUCGUCUCCUAGUCAGGAAAGCCUUAGGCCUCCGUCAGCCUCAUCGGCUUCGCCGAGAUCUCCUUCUAGUAGUAAGAGUCCAGUGGAGGAUAAGGAAAGGAACAGGGACAGUUUUUCGGGAAGCUUGUCGUCCAUUAGUCCACCAAGCAGUCCCAGCAGAGUCAAGACUGAAAGUGAAAAACAAGAGAAGGAAGGAAGCGAGAAAGAGAUAAAUGAUUCUUCCGAAUCAUCAAAAUCGAAAAACGAAAAGAUUGAAGAUGUAGCUGUGACUAGGCGCAAUAAAGUUUCUAGUAUUUCCUUAAAUAUUCCAGCUGCUGGUCUGGGUAACAGGCCACCCUCUAUGGUGAGCACAUCGACGGCAGAUGAGGGUGGUUUUAAUGAACCCUAUCCUGAAAUCAAAGCCAAACUUAAGCCGCAUGAAGAUUCGGUACCGCCUCUAUUAACCGAAGAUGCUGGUGGUACUGAAUCACCUGAAUCCAAACACGUUCCUAUCAAUAACAAUUUGGAAACAUUCGAUCUUAUCAAAUCCACUGAGCGAUCUAGGUCACAGUCCACCGAAGAAUCGCCAACUCCUGAUCCUAUAUACGCAGUUCCUCAUAAAGUUCAUUCACAUCAAAGGUCGACUUCUGUCGUGUCUCAUGAAUCUUUACCACAGGUAUCGGUUUCUCCACAACGAGAUUCCGAUUCCUCGUUUCAGAAGUCUACGUCGGAAGAUUCACAGGUUACUGUCGUUCCCCAAACAUCCUGCGAAGCAAGGCAAAGCAGUUUCGUUCAACAGAAGUCGACCUCCACCGAUUCUGAAGGAUCUCAGGUGACUUGCGUCCAACAAACGAUCACCAACAGUUCUUUAACCCAGUCCAAGUCGACGGAUCUUCUUUCGGAAUUGGAUUGCAGCACUCCGGAAACUACGAUAGUUCAGCAGAAAUCGAUAGAUUCGGACAUCAUGUACAAUAAUCCUCCCAAUUACAUAACAAACUCCGUUCUGGCACAGUUGGAGAGUCAGGACAGUUUUGAGGAGUCUUGUAAAAAAUUCAUUGAUCAAGAGAAACUUCACGAGGAAGAAUCAAGGAGGAGAAGCACAAGUAAUAGCGAAAGGGAAGAAGUAAACGAUAUUAAGUCUAGUCAGUGUGUUUUAAGUGAUAUUGUUACGGAAAAGGACGAAUCAGUUAAAAAUAAUGGUGCUAAUCUGCCGGUAGAUGUAGUUUGUGACGUGGACGUGAAUGGUGCGAACACAGACGUGAAUUCGAGUGAAAAGUUUUGCGAAACAGUAGAAGAAGAUGUUGCGGAUAGCAUGACUCCAGCUGAAGCCGAAAACUUGUUAAGUACAAAAAUUUUGGAAAAACGAAUCAGACAAGAAAUUUUAUCAGAUGAAGAAGCUCAAGAAAUCACGCGAUUAUUGGGUCCAACCGAUCUCAAACCCGGUAGUUGGCAUCCAGAUACCUCCUCUAAUAGCUUCCUGCAGGACUCGAUGUCAGGUCCUAAUUCCCUGUUACAAAAUUCGACGGGUCCCCAGUCACUCAAUGAUAGUUUGGGACCGCCGUCUCUUCAAGAGGAUUCACUUACAGAAUCGGCUGAUCGGACCUCCGAAUCCAUGGAGCAGACUUGCAUGAAAGAAUCUGUAACUAGUUCCAUUAUGCAGGAAUCCAUGUCCAGCAUAGACGCAUCCAGUCACGAAGUCGAUGCUAUGUGGAACUCCAAGAUAGAAUCUAGCAUGUCCGUUUCUGAUUCUGGAUUAAUAGAUUCUGCUACAAGUUUAUCAGACGCUAACAUUCUGGAUACUAACGAGUACCAUACAAAAGAGUUUGUCCCAGAACACGUAAAAAUAAUUGGUGUAGAACAAGGAGUCCAUUAUUAUGAAGACGGUCAUUUUUUCAUGGAAAUUCCCGGGUUACCCCAAGAGGACGAGGAAGACGAUUUAGAGUACCCCAUGUAUGUCAAGAAGCCUUCGAAGGUCUCCUUCUCUGUAGGUCCUAUCACCGUCUAUUCUACAUUCAGUAUAACUGACUACGACAGACGAAACGAAGAUGUUGAUCCCGUUGCAGCAUCAGCUGAAUAUGAAUUGGAAAAAAGGGUGGAAAAGAUGGACGUAUUUCCCGUUGAACUUGUAAAAGGUCCGGAAGGUCUUGGACUUAGUAUCAUUGGAAUGGGAGUUGGAGCUGACGCAGGCUUAGAAAAAUUGGGUAUUUUCGUGAAAACCAUAACGUCAAAUGGAGCUGCUGCAAAAGAUGGUCGUAUACAAGUUAAUGAUCAAAUUAUCGAAGUCGAUGGCAAAAGUUUGGUUGGCGUUACGCAGGCUUAUGCAGCCAGUGUGUUGAGGAACACAUCGGGUCUUGUAAAAUUUCUGAUUGGUCGCGAAAAGGAUCCCGAAAAUAGCGAAGUUGCACAGCUAAUCCGUCAAUCCUUGCAAGCUGAUAAGGAGAGAGAAGAGAGAAGACAGAGACAAUUAGAAGCAGAACAUCACAGUGAUGCCAGUACAGUUCCAGUUACAGGUAAGCAGCAAAUCAAUUUUUUUUUUCUUUUUGAAAUUAGUUGUAGAUUAAAAGGUUUUGCAGGCUCUGCCAACAGUAGUUUCUCAGACGGCCCUCCAAGUCCUUCAGUUCACAACGAAAGUUUAUUUGAACAAGAAUAUAAUGACAUGAACGACGUGGAAACGUUGAGACUGCUCCUUCAAGAGAACCAGCAAAAACUAAGCAUCUCUGAGUUGGAAAUUACACAGCUUAAGAAUAAGUUAAUGGAGCAAAACAGCGGCGAUUCAGAAAAUCUCGAAAAAUUAAAGCAGACAAACCAAAAAUUGCGCGAUGCUGAAAGCAAACUGAACCAAACACGCAAAGAAAUGCAAAAUUACCAAAACAUGCUCGAACAGUCCCAAACUCAAUACACCACCCUGGAGAAAAAAUACAACAAAGCCAAACGGCUUGUUCGAGAAUUCCAACAGCGAGAGUUGGAUAUGAUUCAUCGCGAAGAAUUUUAUCAGCAACUUCUUCAAGAAAAAGAUACCGAAUAUAACGCGUUGGUAAAAAAUCUCAAGGAUCGUAUUAUAGCCCUUGAACAAGACUUAUUAGAAACACAGCGUAAAGCGGGACUUCCCAUAGGUCUCCCUUACGACAGCAUCAGUCUAAAGCAGUUGACUCCCCAAAUGACUCGAAAACAACCCCCCAAACCUAUCCUGACUGCCUUGGAUACCGAAUUUUCUGACACUGAAGUUUCAGACACGAGCCCUGAAGAUGCGGACAAAACGGCAACAGUCGAACGGAAAUUACCUAUCAAAGAAGAACUAGACAAAGCAGUACCUCCCCAUGAACUUCUAGACAUUUCAGCCAGUAAAAGUAAAGCUGAGUUAGCCACUCGGGGGGCACUAGCUAACAGGCAACUUCCCACUGCUAAAAAGGGUUCAUUAAGUAACAGCAGCUCUGAUUACGGUCUAGACGACAGUUGCAACUCUGGUGACGAAAUGUCCACGCACAGUCCGCACAUGGACUUGAAAAGGUCCGAUCCCAAAGAUUAUAGCUCAGAAAGCGGAAAUUAUAGUUCGGAAUCGCGGGGAAGUACCGAAAGAAACAGUUUGCCUCUAGCACGACCCACUUCGUUAAACACUUACGACUCAAACACGUACACCGUGCACCAAUCGUCCCAUUCGCACACCCAAUAUUCCGCUCAAAGUUUGUAUUACAACUCGCAGACAACGUACGGGUAUUCGCAGGGUCCCGUUGCAGCACAUCAAGUUAAUAAGGAACCGAUUGCGAUUGCUCAGGCACCUGUCGUAGGAGCAAACGUUGUGUACGCUCGAGUCCAGAAGGGACAUCAACAUCAAAGUAGCCCGGAUCCGUGGGCUACUGCAACAACCAAUAAAGCAGCUAGUAUUGGUCUGGGACCCCCUACCUCUUUGGCAGAGCAACUUAAGCAGGUACUAGCUGAAAGGGAAAAGCGUAUCGAUUCGGGAAGCGUUACAAGUUCCACGGAUGAUCUCACUGAGAAAAGUAAAAGUACUGCUCAGCACUUACUUGAAGAAAUAAGACAGGCUGUGAAUGAAGCCAAUGCAAGAGUCAAAAAGGUUGUUCCUGUAACACUCUCACCCCCAGGCACAGUUCCGUGGCAGCAGCAGGGCGCCACCUCUCCAACGCCACCUUCACCCUCAAGCCUCUCGUCUGGUUCGGUGUCACCUUCUAGACACGACUCCACAUGGACGCAACAGUCUGACCUCAGCUUGUCAUGUUCUAGUAUUAAUAGCGAUAAGAGGAGUUCGCACUUUUGGCAGUCCGCCCCCGUUACAGAGUGGAGCAAGGAACAGGUGUGCCACUGGUUGCUAGCGAUAGGUUUAGAGCAGCACAUAUCGAAGUUUAUCGAGCUACAAGUAAAUGGAUCUGCGUUAUUGCAACUGACGUCGACAGAUUUUAAAAUUUUGGGCAUUUCGAGCGACGAUAAGAGUCGUUUGAAACGUAAGAUUAAGGAAUUGAAACUUCAGGUCGAAAAAGAACGGAAACAAAUGGAGAAAGACCGAAAAGAGAAGGAAAAGAUGCAAAGAAAGGCCGACAAGAUGGCCGAAAAAGCCAACAAAAAAAAGUAGUCUUUCUCGUUAGCAGGCACAGUUUAUCUCAAUAAACAAGUAACAAUUUCUAAAGCCAAAUAGUAAAUUUGCAAGUAAC